AUGAUCAUUUAUGAUGGUUUCCGUCUGCGUCUCACCAGGAUUACACUCUGUAUAAACCGUUUCACAGACGUUCAUUCCGGGACUCACGAGAUUUGUAUUAACCUGCUAUCUAUCGUGUGUUUGUAUAACUUACAGUACCGACCGUCGCCGCUGGCGUGCGCCAUUGGCACCACCGUACUGCGUGUUCUGGAGCAGGAGGACCUGAUGGCACGCGCCAGGGAUGUCGGGGCGCUUCUGAAACGGCACCUGCUGGCCCUGAAAGCCAAACACAGCUGUGUUGGCGAUGUACGCGGGGAGGGCCUUCUGCUUGGCGUGGAUAUAGUGACAGUCAGCGACCGAAAACCCGACCGACAGGCCUGUCAGUGUGUCGUCUAUAGACUGAAGGAAGAGGAGCGGAUCAUCGCCGCCUCGGAGGGCGAGCACCUGAACGUACUGUACAUCACGCCGCCGCUCUGUUUUUCUGAGGAGAAUGCCAGGAGCCUGGUGGCCGCUCUGGACAGGGUGCUGACCUAUAUGGAGGAGAACGGCACGGACAUCAACUUCAGCUCCCUGGGUGCUAGUCUGCUGGAACCCGAGGCGGAACCGGUCGACUUGGCCACCUAUGAAGACGUUGACUAAAACCGCUGAUUCCUGCGAGCAGCCUCUCUGCGCUAUCUGCGCUCUCUGAAUCAACCAGAGAUGCAGUGUUUUCUUUCCAUCUACAGACUUUAUCUGAUGAAAUUUGAAGCUUUUCUACGGUGAAAUGAUAUAUUCUUGGAAAAGAAGGGUCGCUGGACGCCCAAGAAGUGAAUCUCAGCCGCGCAGAGUAUGGGAAGGUGUAUUUAUAGCGGAUGACAUAUCUCGAUAUUAGGCUAACCAUGUCGGUAUUUUGGUGAAUAAGUUUCUACGUUACACCGCUGGGCGGAAGAGCUGUGUUCUAUUCCAUAAAAGUGAUGCUGCGCUAAAGGUCACGCGCGGAUGACGUUACUUGUCAUGUAGUGACAUCAGACUGAGAAU